AUGGCUAUUCCACUCCUUGACCUUACUUCCAUUCUCAACCAUUCCAACCAGGAUGAAAGGAAGAAGACUGUAGACCAAUUUGGGAAGGCCUGUUUAGAAUUCGGAUUCUUGCAUAUCAUAAACCACGGUUUGCCGGAUGAACUUGUGAAUCGUAGCCGUGAACUCACCCAACGCUUUUUUGAUUGUCCCAUUCAUGAAAAACUCGAGUGUACGCCCGUGUCAACUAUUCUUCCAGCUGGUUAUGGCAGAAUGGAUGGUCGUUUUGGCAGUAAUGAAUGGUUAAUGGUGUGCCAACCGUGCUUGGGUUUCAACAUCUUUCCUUUGAGUGUACCGCAAGUUCGGGAAACUUUGGAGGAAAUCUACCAUUAUUUCCAGAAGCUUGGAGCAAUGAUGGAAGGCAUGAUGAAUGAAUACUUAGGUCUCCCACAAGAUUUUCUAAAGCAAUUUAACGACGAUAGGUCGAAGGAUGUGCUCAUGUGUUGGCAGUACCCUCCUGCAGUUGCAGACAACCCUAAAAUGCAGCUAGGAAGAGAAGAACACCAAGACACCAAUUGCUUUACAUUUCUGCUUCAAGACGACGCUGGCGGCCUUGAAUAUGAGAAAGAUGGCUCUUGGAUGCCUGUAGCUCCCAUGGAAGGAUGUCUUGUGGUUAAUGUUGGUUCCAUAAUUCAGGCUUUAACGAAUAAGAAACUGGUGGCGGCACGACACCGUGUGUGGAAACCUAAAGGAAGAACUCGACAUUCUUUUGCAUUCUUUUACAACAUCGGGGGAGAGAAAUGGAUUGAACCAUUGCCGCAAUUCACAGAGGAGAUAGGAAAAGCACCAAAGUACAAAGGGUUCUUCUACAAGGAGCUUUUACAAGCAAGACUCAAGAAAGAGACAAAUCCUUCUACAUUGCGUGAAGAAGUUCUUGAUCUUGAUCAUUUUGCAAUUCCUAGCUAA